AUGGCGGGCAAAAAAGACAUUCAGGAUUUAUCUGAUUGGGAGUUAUUGAACGAACUUAAGUCUUUAGGUUUGAAAGUUGGGCCGAUUAGCCCAACUACCAGAAGGAUAUAUGAAAAAAAGCUGUCUAAAGUUCGUGGCUGCGAUGUUGUUGACAAUACUCAGGAAGAUCGGAAUACACGUGUGGAUGUCCUUGCUGACGAAAGUACAAAGUUGACCAAUGCUGUUACUGAUAAUUGUACUUCGAGAGCUUUGGAAAGUCCCGCCGUUUUUUAUGGUGUCUGUUUUGACUUGGUUCGUUCGUCUUCUGAAAGUGGAUUACCAGCUUCAGCCGUGUUCAUAAGCAAAGAAGAAGCUCUAAAAACAGUGAAGAAAUUCAAAGGUGCUCGCUUUAAAGGUUUCAAGACCAGAGAUGAAGCAGAGAGUUUUUCUCGAUCGCGAUCAAAUGAACAAGAAACUUCUUUGGCUGUAAUGAAUUCUUUAUCAGCUUCUCCUGCAGAUCCUGUAAGCAAAUUUAAAGGACCAACACCACAGGAGUUGAUCAAAUUUCGUAAAAUUAUUGAAAAGGGAUCAAGGGACGAAUUUCUGGAGAUGGUAUUAAUUAAUCCUAGAUACUUGAUUGGUCCUGGUGACACACCAGUGAUCUUACAAGAAGGGUUCCGCUAUAAUGCCCUUCACGUGGCUGUGAAAAAUAACAGAAAGGAAAUGUGUCAGGUGAUUAUUGAUACACUAGAAAGUCAGUCCUUUUGGAACAUUCUUUUAAAUCAAGAGACGGAGUCUGUGGUAAAUAACCAACGGAAACAGUUUUUAGUUGACAUGUACCUCAAUAACCCAGACAAAGGGGUGAGUAUCUGUUAUAGUAUUAGAGGACACAGUAUGGACAGAAUGGCUGUAGCCAAACAAAUUUUAAUGUGUGGCGAUAUUUCGCAUCAUGCCAACUGUUGUUAUUAAUGUUGUCAACCAGGGGCUCAUUGGCUCUUGAAACAAUGGUUUCUUUUGUUUGUGGCUGGCAUAUUUGAAAAACAAAAACAACGUUUACAAACAAGAAAAAUCACCAAAGUAAUUUUAGCCAUAUACAUUUUUUUAAGCCAUAUUCAAGAAACUUCAAAAUUUUCACUGGCCCUAGGCCUGCAGGCUCCAUUAUUACUGGCCAUGGUUUCUGCAUGGGCUUAUCUGUCUUGGUAGCAGAGAUUUGAGCAAGGAAUUGAUGGUCCGAAAACCAGGCUUAUGUUUGCCAGCGAUUAGCUGUCAGGUUUUGUCAAUCAUUAUUAUCAUCUCGGAAUGGGGUAUUCCUUUGAAUCUACUAUGGGGGUGUGCUGCUGAGUCUAUGGCUCUCUGCACCUAUUCCAGAAAAGAGGGAUUUAUUUGCAACUCUGUUCCAGAAAAUAAUAUUAUUGCAAAAAAAGGAAUGAUGUUCCUGUCGCUGGCUCAGUGAUAAAAUGGCAAGAGGACAUACCUAUAUAUCUCGCCUUACAUGGGAGUACUCCCCCACCUUGGUUUGCACCUAAGGUUGAUGGACUGUGGGGAAAAAAAUCACCCUUUUCCAGAGUCAAACUGAAAUAGCAUAUACUCCUUUUCCAGAUGUAAAGGGUGCUUUUUAUACCAUUUUCAGAGUCAGAAACCAUACCCUGUUGAGCAGCACACACUUUUAAAGUCCAUUUAUGGGAGUACCCCCCCCCACCCCCCGCUGGGAUUAUUAUGCACAUCACCAGUACCCAUAUACACUUGGGUGAAGUAAAGUGGAGCAAAGUUUCUCAAUUAAGGUGAUUCCCUGGUUUUGCACUGCGCAUCUCUUACUGCGCAUAACAAGAUGGCCUCCGUAAAAAGGGCAUGUGAAGUAACAUUAUUAGAAUGAAGUUGACUGAAGAGAAACGCUAUUGCAAUUUUUGCUUGCGGUUGUUUCUUGCCGAGGUGAGACUCAAUUCGGUGGGAAUGUGCAUAACGUAAGCAGUACGCUCGUUGCUGAGUUCGACUUCCUCACGGAGAACCUCGAUAGUGGAUGUUUAAUUAGUGCUUAUUCACUUUGAUUUUCAUUUAAACGCUUUCUUUAGCACAUCGUAUCCUAAAUGUAAUAUCUCGAUGUAAAUUCUGUUAAAAGGAUUUUUUAAUACUUUCUUCCCCCUUUCGCAUACAUUCUAUUUUGAAACUCGCUCCAGUCCUCUCUCAAAAAUCAAGGAGAAUGCAUUUGGUGCGCACUUUCUGCAGCUCUACCGCAAAAACGAGUACGGUGACCCCCAUUUUUUAUUUCAUGAUUUUAAUGAGGACAGUGCUUCCUUUUGGUGAGAAAAAAAUUGGCACAAAUCUAUGUUCAGUUUUUUGGCAAUUUUACUAAAUUGUACGGAUUGAGCUAUCACGGGUCGAAUAGCGCGUGUCCAAUUUAAUUCUACUUUGGAGCGUAAAGAAAAAACAAGGGUAUUACAAGGCAUUUUUCUGGUACGUGAGUGGAUAAACAAUACAUUAAAGUCAAAUUCUGUGUGAUACCACAUGCAUCAUUGAAAAAAUCUUUCCUUUUUGUCUAGUUUAGGGCUGCGCGCGGUUUUUGUCAAAGGGUCCAAAAUAGCCGUAUUUGUCAGCAUUGUGAUGUCAAAAUGAGCACGGUGACCCCCACUUUUUAUUACCUUUUUAUCAUCUUCUUGACUUUUUACAUCAGUGUACUCAGUUUCAUCUACAGUCUAUGUUAGGUUCUUUUACUAGGGAAUCACCUUAAGAAAAACAAAGUGAGGCUUGAACCCAGACCUAGAGAUCUGAAGUAGGCGGUGUUAUCCACUCAGCCAGAACACCUUCACAUAUUCAGCCCUGGCCAAUAGAGUACUAAAGUGUGACGUCUUAAAAAAUUAAAUUUGUGAAAUUAUGGGAUUCGUCAGGAUAUUCUGAAAGAAAAACAUCCAAGAGGCCUACUUGCCAAAAACUAGCAUUGUUGGGCAAAUUGUCAGCCACUCUGAGAUAUUAGCCCAGUUAUGCUUUUAUGACUCCAUACAUAUCCUUCUAGAUUUGACUUGGGUCAUAACGUUAUGACCCAAGUCAAAUUUAUUAACACCAUUUUUGGUUCAUGGGCCAUUAAUGUGUUAAUGGUUAUUUAUCUUAUGAAUUUGACCAGCCAGAAAUGAUACUUGACUGAGCCAAAAUGAAUUUGGCCAGUCAUCGUGUCAGGAGACUUUGCGGGAAAUUAUUUUGAGUCCUGUAGUCCUUCUGUGUAGAGCACAAAAAAGACUAAAAGAAAUAUGCUCUUAUUAAACAACAGUCAACAAUGGCCACCAAAAUCAUAUGAACAGGAUAUCUACAAAAACUUCUUCGGAUCGUUUGAUUGAUCUUUGCGUCCUACCGGACGCAUGCCACAAUUAUUUUGCGUCUUUGGGGGUUUUUAUGCGUCAGGGACAGAGGACACAGAGGUGACAAAAUCUCUGUUCAUUCCUUAACUGUUUUCUCUACCUUGUUUGUUGAAUGAUUCUCGUUAUGUUGUAUUUCUGUCAGAACUGGGAAACACCCUUACAUUUUGCUUGCAAAUUUGGUCAUGCUGAUGUUGUGGAAUAUCUGGUAUCCCAUCCUCUGACUGAUGUCCAGAGAAGAAACAAGUAUGGAGAAACACCUCAUCAGGUAUAUGAAUAAUGAUAAUGAUAUCAUAGGUGACAAAUAACUCCUUAAUUUUGGCAAGAAAUUUCAGCUUUAAUUUGUAAUUUCACAUGUGAAAUGACUAAAUUGCCAUGGCAACCUGCCGUACAUCUCGGUUUCAAGAUGGUGUCGAAAAUUUGAAAUGUCAUGAAUGAAGAUGUCACGGCAAAAAAAGACGCUUUAGAAAACCUGAACACACGAAAGAGCACUUCAAGAAGGAUUCUUAGAGGUAUGUUGUCGAAAAAUUCUGAAAACGUAAGCCAAAUUUCAGCUCUAAACGUUUGAGAGAGUGGAGUUCACGAUCGAUCGAUAUGAUCCAGGAUAAACAAGUCAAAAAUCCUCGAUUGCUAAGGUAGUUUGUCACCCAUGAUAUUAAUAGGUAAUCAAAUGGUAUACUCGUGAAAUUAGGGAAUAAUAUUUCACUUGCGUUUUGUCGAAAUCCUAAUAAUUUUAAAUUAUAAGGAUUUGGACAAAACGCGCGUGAAAUUACUCCCUAAUUUCACUCACACCAUUUGAUUACACAUACAAAUACAUCAUUGUGCAUAAUGUUACAUGUCAAAAUCAUACUCAGGUUAAAUUUUUUUAGUCUAGGUUGAUACUCCACUGCCUUUGUCUCCUAGACCUAACUGAUGAAUAAUUAUGGCUAGGGAGACAAAUGAAAUAUUGAGAAUCUACCUAAAUUAAAACUUUUAACCUGAAUUUAAUUUUAAGCUGUAACAGAUUUAUUAGUAUCAAUAUUGUACUUUAUAAUAAUUGAUUAAAUUUCCUGCAUUGGAUAAGUAUGAGAAUCUAUAAAAUUUGCAGCAUCUUGGCUGGUCAGUUGUUUAAGAGAGUGCACAAGUUAUUAUUGUUUAACAAAUUCUGCUGUACAAAAAGAUUAUUUUAUUGCAAUUCUUAUGUGUAUCUUUCAGGUAAUUUGUUCUAGAUGCACUGCUCCAAGUUCUGAAUUAAAGAAUCAAAUAAAGAGUUUUCUUAAAGGUUUGUCAUCACUAGAACACUAACACGUUGAGAUGUGUAAAUUUUCUCCAUACUCUCAGUUUCUUCUGUUCUUGGGGACAAUAGUCAGUGAAUUUUUGGGUAGGAAAGCCCCCUUCCCUCUUAUAGGGCUGUGGUCUGCUUUGGGGCAAGGGGGCACUGCCAUGUAAUAGCUAAAUUCUUUCACCAUUCUAACAAAAAAUUAUCUUUUAAAAAUUUGGCAGUGAAAGUGACCACUCCAGGAGUAGACAGAAGUUUUUCAAAUAAUAAUCCAUACCUGUCAAUAAAAUACGAUUUACUUCAACCUCCCUUAUUGUGGUUUUAGAAAAAAAAUAACACUACGAUGAUAAAUGAUGAAGUGACACAUUAAUGGCUUCAUCCCUAGUAAUUUUUCUUAUGGCACUUUCCAUAGACAGCUUUUUUGUCCCACUCAUGGGAUCCUUGGACAAUUCCACCCCUCCCUGGAUAGGAGGCCCUUGGUCACCAGAAGUUUCCGAUGAUAAAAGUAUUCAAGAACCUACAGCACAAGGAAGCCCACUUAGUCACGGCUGGAAACAACAGAACAGCCCAAGUGACGUGCCAGUGACCGUCCGGGCAUAUGCUGGCCCGAUGUCUCCCUCAAAGGUACCUAUCUAGUCCUGCUGAACUCUGUGUAAGCCAUACACGCCUAAGGGACACAUCCGCUUGCUGUCUUUCUUGAAGAAGUGCUGGAUAUGUGUCCCUGUAACGUUUGAAGUAGGCAGCCUGACUGUCUUAAGUAAUGGUGGCAGUAAUUUUUUAGAUCAUUUUGUGGCAGAGCUCUGUUUACCCAAACUUAGCUUAACUUGAAUUCUUUGCUAGCCUGAGAAAACAGCCAACAUUUCACAUCACCGCCAGGGUCCACCGCUAGUUCUGAGGAGUAAGCACAGAAAUUCCACAGUGGCUAGAUCUGGGUAUUGCUUCUGAUUGGAUGAAGCAAACUUUCAGCCAUUAUGCACUAAAUGAGAUGUCAUUUCACGGGGAAACUAGUGGUGGAUCGAGUCACGACCUGUUUUUUUAGGCUAAUUUCCUGUUAGAUCAACAAUAUCUUAUUUCAGUCUCCUAGUGUACUAAGUUGUUAAGUUUCCCUUGUGAAACAAAACAAAAGGCAAAAAGUAAUCAACAAAUCCCUAUUAUCUUAACCUGUUUUUUGUUUUCCUCGGAGGUUUGAAAUAGUGUGAAAUAAUGUGCAAAAUUUUAGAAGAUUGUCUUCCCACUUUCAAGGGUAUUUCCCCCAAUUUUUUUAGUGUGAAAUUCAUCUUACUAUGUAGUAACAAAAAUUAAUAAUGUCUUUUGUAGGCUGCAGAAUUCUAUCAUUCAUGGAAAACUCCUCCCAAUACAGAACAGCGUAAGAACUACAUUCAGAUUAAACGAAAAGAUGACAGCCGGGGUGUUGAAAGGAUUGGAAGGUAAUGAAAAAAAAAAAAAAGAAGAAGAACCAACCAGCAACCACAACCAACCAGCUCGCCACCAACUAAUAACUCUGUAAUCAAGUUUGAGUAAGCGUGGCGAAGAAGUAAAGAUUUUAAGUGAGUAAUCCUAGUGGAGAAAACACGUUGAUUAAUGCAGAGUCAUUACUUGGUGGCGAGUUGGUUGGCGUCGAGUCGACAUCUUGGUGGCGAUUUCGUUUGACUACGAGUAGUCCCACAUUUUCCUCAGUGAUUGUCGAGGUAGAGAAACGCGAGCGCGCGUUUAAAAUCACACCACGCGAGAAGUGUUGCCUCUUCUCGCGUGGGGUGAUUUUCACGCGCGCUCGCGUUUCGCUCUCUCUACUAUCUCUGAGGAAAAGUGGGGGACUACUCGUAGUCUACGAUUUCGUUGGUGGCGAGAUGACCGUAAAUUUGUGAUUAGUUAUCUCAGUUGAUCAUGGUGAUGUGUAAUCUGUUUGAUGUUGUUAGGGAGCUUGCGCAUAAUGGAAAGAUUCCAUGGGUAGAGUACUGGAAUUUUCUUGGAUGUUAUGCUGACCUGUCAACCCCUCAAGGUCUGGAGAAGCUAGAAGAUUAUUUAACUAAGAAAAAGGACAGAAUUCUGUUAAGUAGGCUAUCGGUAACACCCCAAAGACUAAGAAAUGUGAAGAGCACGGACAGUGCUGUUCUAAAAACACCAGAAUCAAGGCAGAGCAGUGUUGUUUUACGGGAGGAUGUUUUGUUGAGACCAGGAGAAUAUGAAAGUGUGAGUAACUGCCGUGAGGAAUCUGGUGUUAAGGAUUUCAGUGAAGGCUGUAAAGCAACUUCAAGGAAAAUACAGUUUUCAGAUUCACAAAUUGAAUCGGAUCAUACAUCUAUAGAAGUAGAAAAAGACUUGCUGUGGGAUUGUACACGACAGAAUGCUGUGGAAAAUGUUUUAACCUGUAGUUUACCCAUGCCUCAAAGAUCAGAGGUUAAAUUUAAUGAAGCCGUUGUAGACGAACUGGCAGAUAACCUAGAUACGCUUUCCCUACAAAGAGAACAAGCUAAAACAAACAGAGAAUAUAAUACUUUGGUAGCUGAAAUGCCAAACAAACUGAACACAUUUGAUGUGAGUAGUUGCUCAGGAGAAACAAGUGAUGCAAAAGAUAAUGUGGAUAAUGGCAGCAGUCUUCUAUGCAAGAAGAAGUUAUCUUAUCACUCACCAGAAAACGAAAGUAGGCUGUUUGACGCAAAAAACAAAAAUAUAUCUGAUGUAGUUCCUAUGGCGACAGAUGUGGAAGUCAAGGCUAGUUUAGGGGAUGAGAAUUUUAAAAGUUCUACCCACUUGGAAAACGACAGAAAUGAAAGUACAACAUCAUUAUUAUUGUCAUCAAUGCCAUCCACAAAGGCACAAAAUUCUGAUGAGGACGAAGUGUUUGAGAACAAUGUAGAUACAGUUGCUUGGAGAUGUGUCGCGGUGGAUUGUUCAAUAACUUGUGAUCGUGAAGAUCAGGGCUUUAAGUUGCCUGAAAACAAAGCGUUUAGACAUACCAAGCCCGUCAAAAGUGUCAGCGACUUUCCUGGUGGAGAGGAUGUCAAUAUUUUCGUCCAGGGGUAG